UUGCUUUUGCUUUUGCUUUCUAAAAGCUAAAGAUGACAUCAAAGUAAUGUGUAUGUGAAUGUUAAAGAGAAAGAAAAGGGAUUGAUUAUAGAUUUAUAGUGUCACCUCUUCCUAGAACUCUUCUUCUCACUCUCUCUGCAUAUUCAGUACUAUAAACUCUUAUGAUAUUCUAAAACUUCACUUUCAUAUUUUCAUUCUCUUGGUUACUCUUCUAAGCUAGUUAUUCCACAAAUAAUGAAUACUCCUAGUUUCACCUUUGUACUCUAUACCCUCUUUCUUACUCUUUCUGUUUUUGUUUCUUCUUCAUCAUCAUCACUUCCUAUGUCUUUGAAAACACAAGCUUCUAUCUUAGUUUCUCUCAAACAGGAUUUUGAAUCCAAAACUUCUUUAAAGAGUUGGAAUAUCUCCAACUACAUGUCCCUUUGUACUACUUGGUAUGAUAUUCAAUGUGACACAAACAAUAGUUCUGUUUUGUCACUAGAUAUAUCAAACUUGAAUGUUUCUGGAACUUUUUCAUCUUCCAUCACAAAACUAUCAAACUUGAGAUUCCUCAACAUAUCCAACAACAUGUUCAAUGGAAAUCUAAGUUGGAAAUUCUCUCAUUUGAAAGAGCUUGAAGUUCUUGAUGCUUACAACAAUGAGUUCAAUUGUUCACUACCUCUUGGUGUCACUGAGUUACCUAAACUCAAGUACUUGAAUUUUGGAGGAAAUUUUUUCUAUGGAGAAAUUCCUUCAAAAUAUGGUAACAUGUUGCAGCUUAACUAUUUGUCUCUUGCAGGUAAUGAUUUGAGAGGUUUCAUACCUUUUGAGCUUGGAAAUCUUACUAAUCUUACACACCUUUUGUUAGGUUAUUACAAUGAGUUUGAUGGUGAAAUUCCACCUCAUUUUGGUAACCUUGUUAAUUUACUUCAUCUUGAUCUUGCAAACUGUGGUUUGAAAGGUUCAAUUCCACAUGAGCUACGAAAACUUUACAAACUAGACACACUUUUCUUGCAAACCAAUCAACUUAAUGGUUCAAUUCCACCUCAAUUAGGGAAUCUUAGUAGUUUGAAAUCUCUUGAUAUGUCAAACAAUGAGUUAAAUGGAAACAUACCUAAUGAGUUUUCAAAUCUUCGCGAACUCACACUCUUGAACUUGUUCAUCAACAAACUUGGUGAAAUUCCAUCUUUUUUUUCUGAGUUACCAAAUUUGGAAGUGUUAAAGCUUUGGCAUAACAACUUCACAGGUUCUACUUCUAAGCUUGGACAGAAUGGUAAAUUGAGUGAACUUGAUUUAUCAACAAAUAAACUCACUGGAUUAGUACCUAAAUCUUUAUGUCUUGGAAAAAGGUUAAAGAUUCUAAUCUUGCUUAACAAUUUUUUGUUUGGUUCUUUGCCCAAUGAGUUUGGUCAAUGUUACACACUUCAAAGAGUUCGUUUAGGACAAAACUAUUUAACAGGUUCAAUACCAAAGGGUUAUGUUAUCAUGAGUUGCUAAGUUUUUCUUUGAUUAUGUCUGAUUUUAACUUAAUUGUUUGACUCAUGUGAUUUUAUGAACUAUAUUUGAUGCAAUUACAAUUUUAAUAUUAUUCA